UGAAAAGUUACUUAGGAUAGUUCUUAACUGACUACUUAUGCUCGUUUAAAACACCUGACAUUAACUUGUACGUUUGCACCUUUGGUGUAGUCACCUUCUCAUGAACAAAGUAUUUGACAUGUGGCCAUCUUGUAUAAGAUAUGAUUGUCCCCACGUUUAAGUUAUUCAUAAUGACUAACUCCUGAAUGUAUAGACCUUAUCUGCCUUUCAAUAUCUUGAAAUUUCUCAUCGGGGAGUCUAUUUAUACUUGUUCCCUACAUAAACUGUGCCAGCCAAAUCUUCCUCGGUGGAAUUCACUUGUGUGUAGCCUACCCUUGACGAGAGUAGCAAUAUGGAGAUAGCAAAACACAUCCAGCCACCAACUUAUGGAAACCUUGUUACAAUUCUUUCUAUCGACGGUGGAGGGAUCCGAGGAAUCAUUCCGUCUGUUGUUCUCACCUUUCUCGAAUCAGAGUUGCAGAAACUUGACGGAGAGGAAGCCCGGUUAGCAGACUACUUUGAUGUCAUUGCUGGGACCAGCACAGGGGGGCUUGUGACUUCAAUGCUGGCUGCACCAAACAAAAAGAACAGACCGCUUUUUGCAGCCAAAGAUAUUCAAGCAUUUUAUGUGAACCAUGCUCCUAAGAUUUUCCCACAGGAGAGGGGUGCAUUUGGUAGGAUGAUGAGGUUUUUUCGAUCGCUGUUAGGACCUUCUUAUGAUGGUAAGUACCUUCAUGAAGUUGUGAGAAAGAACUUAGGAAUCACCAGGCUACAUCAGACUUUAACAAAUGUGGUAAUACCAACUUUCGAUAUCAAGCGGCUACAACCAAUCAUUUUUUCGUCCUAUGAGGUUAAGAACAACAAGUACAACACAAUGGAUGCUCUGCUAUCAGAUAUUUGCAUCAGCACAUCCGCUGCUCCAACUUAUCUACCUGCAUACUACUUCAAGACAGAGGACUGCCGUGGGAACAUCAAGGAGUUCCAUCUUAUUGAUGGAGGAGUAGCUGCCAAUAAUCCGGCUUUAGUUGCCAUUGGAGAAGUAACCAACCAGAUAUUCAAGGAAAAUCCAGAUUUUUUCCCAAUAAAACCUAUGGAUUAUGGCCGGUUUUUGGUCAUUUCACUUGGCACAGGCUCAUCAAGGUUUGAAGUGAACUACAAUGCACAAAUGGCUAAAUCAUGGGGAGUGUUGGGUUGGUUGCUUGGCAGUGGAUCCACUCCCUUGGUAGAUAUUUUCACGCAAGCAAGUGCAGAUAUGGUGGAUAUCCAUAUCUCUACUGUUUUCAAAGCUUUACAUUCCGAGCAGAACUAUCUGAGGAUUCAGGAUGAUACUCUACAAAGGACGCUAUCCUCAGUUGAUGUGGCAACCAAAGAAAACAUGGAGAAACUUGCUAGUAUUGGAGAUAUGCUGCUAGAGAAACCUGUUUCACGGGCAAACUUGGAGACUGGCCAUAUGAUGCCUGCUUGUAACAGCACAGAGAUGACCAACAAAGAAGCUCUCAAGAGAUUUGCGAAGCUGCUGUCUGAUGAAAGGCGAAUUCGUAAGGCAAGAUCGCCGAAAUGAAGAAAUCCCUAACCCAUUUGUGUGAAUGCCCUGCCAAAGAGAACUUCUCUGCUUGACUUCCAUGACUUAGAAAUUAGUUGAUAUUGUUUGUUGAUACGGAGUUCCGUUGUAACACAAUAAAAUAGUGUGUAGGUGAUCAUACUGGCACUUCACACUGUCAAUGUUAGGUUCUGCUGGCUUUCUUGGCAUGUAAACAUUUUUAAAUACACUAAUAUUCAUUUUGAAUA